AUGCUUCAGUUAUUAAAAGCUUUCACUGAUUUAUCAGAUAAGGAUUGGUUAUAUAAGCUUCCUAAGCUUCCUUUAGUAGAAUUUGCAUAUAAUAGCCAUCCAAAUAAAUCAACAAAAUUAUCUCCAUUUCAAGUUGACAUUAGUUUUAAUCCUCGACCACCAAACAUUGAUUCAAGAGUAUUUCAAAAUGCACCAACUAAUUUAGUUCCUCUUUCUGCCAAAGAUGGUAUGGGUUUUAAGAAAUUAUUACAUUUUCAUAAUGAAUUAGUUAAACAUAAUAUGUUAGAUGCACAAACUGCAGCUGAGAAGCAAUAUAAUAAAAAUCGUAAAGAAUUGAUUUUGAAUGUUAAAGAUAAAGUAUUAAUUCAUCGUAAUGCUAAAAUAUUUUCAUCAAAUUUUAAAAUAACCAAACAAACCAAUUUGUACUUUGGGCCUUAUUAUGUUAGUAGAGUUUUUGAAGGAAAUCCAAAUAUUUAUGAAAUUGUGUGGUUUUCAAAAAAAGCACAAUUUAUACCGUGUUCGAAAACUUUGACUUCAAAACAAGCAGUUGCAUUAUUUAUUGAUGAUAUUUUUAAACUUCAUGGUAUGCCAGAUGAAAUUAUUUCUGAUAAUGAUGUAAGAUUUCAAAGACCUUGUAUAGUGGGAGUUCAUUAUAAAGUUGGUAAAAAAAUAGGUGAAGGUUCUUUUGGAAUUAUAUUUGAAGGUAUAAAUAUACUAAAUAAUCAACAAGUUGCAAUAAAAUUUGAACCAAGAAAAUGUGAAGCUCCACAAUUAAGAGAUGAAUAUAGAUCUUAUAGAAUAUUAAAUAAUACUCAAGGAAUUCCUCAAGCUUAUUUUUUUGGUCAAGAAGGUGUACAUUCUAUAUUAAUUAUUGAUUUAUUAGGUCCAUCAUUAGAAGAUUUAUUUGAUUGGUGUAAUAGAAAAUUUAGUGUUAAAACUGUAAUACAAGUUGCUAAACAAAUGAUUCAAAGAGUUGAAACAAUUCAUGAACACAACCUAAUUUAUCGAGAUAUAAAACCUGAUAAUUUUUUAAUUGGAAGACCUGAUUCUUUAGAAGCUAAUCAAAUAUUUGUUGUUGAUUUUGGAAUGGCAAAACAAUAUAGAGAUCCAAAAACUAAAACUCAUAUACCAUAUAGAGAAAAAAAAGCAUUAAGUGGAACAGCAAGAUAUAUGUCAAUAAAUACUCAUUUAGGAAGAGAACAAUCAAGAAGAGAUGAUUUAGAAAGUUUAGGUCAUGUAUUUAUGUAUUUUUUAAGAGGUUCAUUACCAUGGCAAGGUUUAAAAGCUCCAACAAAUAAACAAAAAUAUGAAAAAAUUGGAAUGAAAAAACAAUCAACUCCUGUAAAUGAUUUAUGUUAUGGAUUACCAAUACAAUUUGCUCAAUAUUUAUCAUAUGUUCGAAAUUUAAAAUUUGAUGAAAAACCAGAUUAUAAAUAUUUAAUUGGAUUAAUGGAUAAAGCUAUGCUUUCAUUAGGAUAUGUGGAGGAUGGACAUUAUGAUUGGAUGGAUUUAAAUAAUGGUAAAGGUUGGGAUGCAUCUUUGAAUAAAAAGGCAAAUUUACAUGGUUAUGGUAAUCCUCAUCCUCCUAGAAAGUUGCAGAAUCCACAACAGCAGCAGCAGCAACAAUCAUCACCACAACAUCAACCUCAACAAAAACAAAGAAGUAAUUCAUACACACAUCAAAAUAACCCAUAUUAUCAAAACAAUCAACUGCCACUGUCACAACAACCAUUAUUGGGGAAAGAUUCAAGAAAUGGAUCAUUUUCAAGACAUCAAAAAUCGAAAUAUGGAAAUUAUCAAUCUAUAAAUCAACCACCACCAAAUAAUAUGAAUGGAAAUUCUAAAUUUAUAAAAUCAUCUUCACAAUAUCAAAUAAAUCAUAACCAGAAUAAUAAUAAUAAUGGCCAUAAUAAUCAUAAUCAAAAUGGUGAAGAAGAUUUACAUUCUGAUACUUCAAGUUUUAAUAGGAAAAAAAGCUGGUCUUGCAGAGUUUAG